GUACGCGAGACCGUCACAUCCGAAACAUCAACGACAUCCCCAGAUCUAGAAAUAUACAGAAUCUAGUUGAACCUGUGCUAAAGUUGGCUAGCCAACGAAAUGCGAGCAGUAUAACAUCAUGCCGCAUCAUCACAACCAUCACGAAGACCUUGCUAACGCACAUGCUGAGGUCACUAAUGCACCCCACAAGGCAAAGCUCUCUCAUGAGCUGAUCGCUGCUGCAGCUUCGUACGAGGCAAUGAAAGCUUACAAUGAUCACUGCGAGAAGAACGGCAAGCCUGCAAGCCAUGACAAGGCCAAGGAGAUCUUGGCUGGCUUUGCCGGAGCCUUCAUCGACCACAUGGUCGAGACGAAGGGUUUGGACCUCUUAGACAGCCAGAAGGCCAAGCACCAGGCCAAGGAAGCUGCCUACGAAAGGACUGGUUAUUAACCGUCAGCAACAAUCUCAUGCAACCUAAUACCCAACCAAUACCAUCGUUGAUCUUCAUGUAACAAAUGUAACGAUAAUAUAUACACACAACCUUAAGUAUUAUAUGAUAUGCAUCCAUGUUUGAACAGUAU